GGGGGCAAGAGGGGGGAAGAGGAUGUGGGAGAGCUCUGGGGCAUUCCGAGGAGAUGGACACGCCGGAGAGGAGCAAGAUCGGGGGCACGCCAGUAUCUAAGUUCGAGGAUUCUCCUGUCUUUAACUUCAUAAAUAGUUUGUCUCCUAUCCAGCCUGUUAAAUCUGUAGAUUCAGUACACAGUGUGCAAUCGUAUCUGCCAUCUGUUUCUUCCAUCUUUGCUUCACCACAUGCCAAUCCACAAAGGGAAUCAAGAUUCUUGAUAAGGAAUUCUUCAUCCGACUUCUCAAAAGAUGAGAGUUCUUCUGACAAUGUGGAUGAAAGCAACUUAUGUACAGGGGUUCUAAAUGCUGUUAGACUAUCCAGAUGCACUGUUAUCGCACGAGAAAGUUGCAGCAUAAUUUGCUCACUUAAUGAAGCUACUGUUGACCCUCCUGAUGAAUGUUCAACUCUACCUAGUAAUGUGCCUCAGCCAGAGCAGUAUAACUCUGGUAGUCCCAACCAUAAUACUACACCUUGGUAUGGUAUCAAAAUGGAUGUUAAAUUGGACAUUGACCAUGCACCAGUAGAACUGGUUCCCUUUGUUCAAAAUGGUCUGGACAAAAGAAAAAGUCUACUUGCUUCUGAAUCUGAGUUUCUGGAAAAUUAUCCACUAGAGCAAAACAAAGAUGAAGUGGUAGGGUGCAACUGGGUGAAUUUAAUUCCUGACAAUGCUGAUGGUCUGUUGAGUUUUGAUUCCAACAAUGAAUCAGAGGCUUGCAAAGGACCCAGUGAGGAAUUAGGAGAUUCAUCAAAGCCUGCAGAGGGCCUGGACAAUUCACAUAAAACACAACUCGAUGAGUCUUUUGGUCCUUGUGUCAAAAAUGCCGCAGGGGAUCCUCCAGUCAUCUGUAGUGCAGAAAAUGGUAAGGAAGAUGAAACAGAUCAUACCCUGCAAAUUCUCUCAGGCACUUGUCAGAAGCAGGUCUUGUUAAGUGAUCAAACCCAGAAGAUGGCCAAUGGAACUAGUGAUCAAAUUCAAUCAGGCCACAAGGUUGACUCCCAACAACAGCGUGGCAUGCGAAGGCGCUGUCUGGUUUUUGAUAUGGCUGGGAUUUCUAAAAAGAAUUUGCAAAACAACUCGUAUCACCAUUCUUCAAGCUCAUCGCUGUCCGAUGAGAAAAUGGCUUCUGAUGAUAAAUGCUCGAGGCCUGGAACUAGUCAAGCACCAUGUGUGUUGCCUGGAAUUGGGUUACAUUUGAAUACUCUUGCGACAACCUCAAAAGAACGACCGGGCACUAAAGAGAUGCUGGCUUCUGGGAAAGAAUUAAUCAGCAUGCCUUGUCCUGUUGGCCCCUUUGGCCCAACAACAUCUGGGUGGAAAGGUAAGUCAUUGGCUGUUGAAAAGGAUGCGAGUUCUACUGGAAAUGAAGUCCAGAACCUUCAUAUUAUGCAUGAUGAUGCUUCUCAGUCACCUGUUCUUGGUAACGGUGAGGAGCUAAAUCAAGUUAGUCCAAAGAAGAAAAGGCGCAAGUCAGAAAAUGGAGUUGAAAGUGAGGCAUGCAAGCGUUGCAAUUGUAAGAAGUCAAAAUGCCUGAAACUUUAUUGUGAGUGUUUUGCUGCUGGAGUCUACUGUUCUGAGCCCUGCUCAUGCCAGGGGUGUUUUAACAAGCUGAUUCAUGUAGAAACAGUUCUGGCUACUCGCAAGCAGAUAGAAUCUCGCAAUCCUCUUGCAUUUGCUCCUAAAGUGAUUCGCACUUCUGAAACUGGCCAGGAAAUGGGGGAAGAUGCUAACAAGACACCAGCAUCAGCCCGCCAUAAAAGAGGAUGCAAUUGCAAGAAGUCAAGUUGCCUGAAGAAAUACUGCGAGUGCUAUCAGGGUGGUGUUGGAUGCUCUAUCAGCUGCAGAUGUGAGGGAUGCAAGAAUGCCUUUGGAAGGAAAGAGGGUAUUGUACCAAUAGGAGCUGAAGAAAUUGACCAGGGAGAGGACAAAACAGAUCAUUGUGAAAGGGACAAGGACAAACCAGAUGAUGAUGGCCAACAACAUGCUAGUGUGCAGAUUGAUGACAAUCAUUCUUCUGAAGGUGUCUUAUCUGUGACACCAUUGGAAACUUGCAGACCAUCGGUCAAACUGUCAUUCUUUUCAAGUGCCAAGCCCCCAAGAUCCUCUACACUUUCUGUUGGACUUUCUCCUUGGCUAUAUACAUCUCAGCCUUUCCGAAAGUCUGAAAUCCCACUUCUUCAUCAUAAGCUUGAGAAGCAUGUAAAUAAUGUUCUUGAGGAUGAUACUCCGGAUGCUCUGAGAUGUGAUGCAUCACCAAGCAAUGGUGUGAAGACUGCUUCCCCUAACCGAAAGAGGGUUUCGCCUCCACAUAAUGGAAUUGAAUUGCUCCCUAGCUGCAAGGGUGGCAGGAAGGUGAUCCUAAAAUCUAUUCCUUCAUUCCCUUCACUCACUGGUGAUGUAUCUGAAGAUUAUCCUUGAACUAUUCCGCAAUUUCUUUUCAUUUGUCCACAUGUAGCUGAGGUUGUUGUGAAGUUGCAUGAGAUUUGAGAAAGAAGACUUCCACACGUUACCAUCCCUCGCUUCAUAAGAGUCCUUGCACUGGAUGAAACUCUAGUGUGACCUGGUGAAGUAUAAAUAGCAAGUGUCAAUCAUGGUUAAAGAACCGAGCUAUGUUUAGAUUUUCGUGUUGUAUGAUGCUUGUCUGAUACUUUUCUGUUCGUUUUGCAUCUUUCUUCACGUGUACUGUCUUCCUAUUUCACUAAAUUUAUGAAGAGACCAUUGUCUAUUGCACUUCUCUUUUUCUUUUUCUCAUUGUAAAUAGAAGAUGAUAGAUGCCUAAUUCUCAACUGUUGUUGUGCCAUUGUAGCUGGUAGGAAGAUGAAUAAACCUUCUGCAUCUGGGUUGGCAAUU